CAUUACUGUCACUGCGAUACGGCACAUCAAAAAAUAAACUUGCUAGAAAAAUUAAAAAAUCCUUUAAGUUUACAUAAAUGACUUUAAAGUUGCUCUUGGUUCUACUGGCCUCCAUGAUUCCAUUUCGCGAGUCUGAGAACUCCAUAAAUACGGACCUCUGCUCCCGGUUCAUAAGAUCCCACUCAACCGAUUCCGAUGGCAGGGGACGCAUUACCAUGAUCGAUGAGAUUAACUGGACGGAGGUGCUAACCGGCGAGUGGUUGCUGAUAUUAUGCUCGUUACCGGAUCAGAAGUGCAAGGAUCUGGAGAGGAGCUUAUACAACUUGGCUGCCACCUCCAUGGGUUGCCUCGAUAUUGGACUGGCUGUUUGCGAUCUCUCAAAGCUUUCGACGAUGCAAAGACGAUUCUCCGCCUUUGCCGACGAGACCAUAUAUCAUGUGCUGGAUGGGGACUUUCGUAAAUUGAAUGCCAAACAGGACCUGAUAUCCCUCCGCGAUCUCUUGCAUCUACGUGAAUGGAUGGAGAUUCACACUGUGCCGUUUUGGAGACACCCAACUUCCAUAUUUACCAAUUUCUCUGUUUUUGCUUUUAGUUCUCUCGUCACCUUGCUGCGGUCUGGACUUGUUGGACGUAAUGUUUUGUUUGCCACUAUUAUUCUCGACUUGGUGUUUGUCAGCAUUAUGGAUAUUGUCAUACUAACCAUAUAUGUCUUGUGGUGUUUAGCCUCGAAAAUUAUUUCCAACUACCAUCGUUCUAAAAAAACACACUACCAGUUAACUACGUAUAUCAAUUAGACGUACAGAAAGCAUGCAAAUAUUAUCCAAUAAAAUAUAUAUCUUUUUACCAUA